AUGCCACGAAAAUCAUUUAUCAGCGUGGAAUUAGCGAGUCACACAUGGGAGAUGUCGAUGCUAAGCGACUCGAACGAUAUGACACCGUUUCCCUUCUGUUUCGAGGAUUUGGAAAAAGAAUUGUCGCAUAUAUCACCGUUAAUAGGGCGAGGAGAGCACUACUUAUGCCUAAUGCGACGAGGAAACAUGCCAUGCGCUCCGAAUAUAUUUUCAGAACUGGAUUUCUAA